AUGGGACAAAAAUCUGGUAAACAUAAAAAAGAUUUAACUCAUUUAUCAGAUGAAGAAAUCGAACGAUUAACAAAAAAUACAACGUAUUCAAGACAACAAAUUCAAGAUUGGCAUCAAGGAUUUCUUCGUGAUUGUCCUAAUGGUAAACUUGAUAAGAAGAAAUUCUUAGAAGUUUAUAAGAAAUUCUAUCCUGAAGGCAAAGCCGAAAAAUUCUGUGCUCAAGUUUUUAAAACAUUUGAUUCAGAUGACAAUGGUUAUAUUGAUUUUGUCGAAUUUCUUAUUGCUGUUAAUAUAACAUCGCAUGGUGAUAUUCGAGAAAAACUUCGAUUAGCUUUUGAUAUGUAUGAUAUGAAUAAAAAUGGAAAGGUAAUUCUCAUGAGAAAUUCCAAUGAAAGUUUGCGAUUUAUUAAAUAUGACUUACGCUUGUUUUGA